CUCGAUCUACAAUUCAAAAAUCCAACGCCCUAGCGACAUUCCAUCAAAUGAUUUCUAAGAAACGCGUUGUAGUGGAUCCUAACUCUCUCCAAGAUUCUCACGUCUGUGAAGCCAUGGCAGCGAGAAGCUCCAUAGAGUGGGAGAUUUGUAUGUGAAAAAACGGAGAGAGAAGGAAAAAUUUCGCGUAAUGGGUUUCACAAUGGGUUUGAAUUUGCUUCUUCUCGUUGCAAUGGUGGCCACCAAUAUCCUUUCUCUUUACCAUCUUUCUUCCACGAUUCAAUCCACGAAAUCCCCUGUUUCUCAGCCAGUUCCCGAUCACCUAAUCCGGCAGCUUCAGACCAUACGCGCCACCAUCAACCACCUCACGCGCCUCCACCCCACGGCGGUAGCCACUGCAUCCAAAACCAAACACUCUAUCCCUUCAGAUCUCGUCCUGUACUCCCAAUUCUCCCCAUUUGCUUCCUCUUGCCAUAGCAAUCCAGAGCUUCUUCAUAGGUUCAUGAACUACACUCCAUUUUCGACUUGCCCUUCUGAUUCUGAGCUCGCCGAGGCUUUGAUUCUUCGUGGAUGUCAUCCACUUCCUCGUCGGCGGUGUUUUGCCAAAACCCCACAAAAACCCUCUUCUUCUUUGCCGCAAAAUCCCUUUGAUUCUUCGAUUCCGGAGGCCAAUGUAAUUUGGAGGAAAUAUUCGUGUAAGGGUUUUGGGUGUUUGAAUCGAUUGAAUCCGAAUUUGGGGUUCGACCCUUCUCGUGAAAUCACUAAAUUCAUGACCUACAAGACUGAAUUGGACCUCCCAAUCCCUCAAUUGUUGCAGAUUAUGAAGGCGUCUAACUCUGUUCUUCGUCUUGGCCUCGAUAUUGGCGGUGGAACCGCCACUUUUGGUGCUAGAAUGAAGCUUUACAAUGUCACUAUAGUCACUACGACUAUGAACCUUGGCGCGCCGUACAAUGAGGUUGCGGCGCUUAGAGGGUUGGUUCCUUUGCAUGUGCCGCUGCAGCAGCGGUUGCCUGUUUUUGAUGGAGUGAUGGAUUUGGUCCGUUGUGGGCAUGCUGUGAAUCGGUGGAUUCCUGUGAAAUCUAUGGAGUUUUUGUUGUAUGAUAUUGAUAGAGUGUUGAGAGUUGGGGGUUAUCUUUGGUUUGAUCAUUUCUUCAGCAAAGGGGUGGAUCUUGAUAAGGUUUAUUCUCCUUUGAUUAACAAGUUGGGGUACCGGAAGGUUAAGUGGGCGACGGCGGAUAAGGCGGAUACCGGCGGGGUGAAGAACAGGGAGGUUUACUUGACGGCGUUGCUGCAGAAGCCUGUGCCAACAUGAGAAAAUUUCAAAUCAUUGACAGACAGAUAAGCUGCGGCUAGGCUCGGAUUAUACGAGGAAGGAAGCAAUUUAGUUAAUGAAACAGUCAAAUUCUUGUGCACAGAAACUCAAAUAUCUUAUCCACCACCACCAUGGACUGCUCAUCUGCCAAAGCUACUGAGUGUGUUUGAACUGAAACGGACAAGAUGGUGUGGAAAAAAAGCAUCCACAAACAGAUUUCUGGGAAUUUAUGUUCCAAAUGGAAGUUCUUACAGACACAAAUGGUCGCUUGUUCUUGUAGGUUCUGUCGGAUUUAUACAUGGUUUUGUUCUGAAUGGGGUAUGAAUAUUUCUUUCAUUAAUUGUUCUUAUA